AUGGACGUCCUCUCGAGACCGGCGGAUGAAUUCGUCAAUGAUGGAACCGUGGAAGAACUAUGGGCUGUAAAGGCGGUCGAUCAUGCUGAGGUACACUUCAAUCUUCUUUGUAGUGUGGAUCCACGCUUACUUCGCCUAACACCGUACGACGAUGAAAUAUAUGAGCAGUUCCGACGCAUGUUUCCGGACAUGGAUGUGCGAGUGGUGAACGAAAACCAACUGAAGAAUUCUGAUGCAAAAACCAAAUGGAGAACUUACGUGGAUAAGUUUAAUCGACUAGAAGAUUUCAGCUAUGGCACUUUGCUGCGUGCCGAUGCAGAAGAAGAAUUCCGACCAGAAAACGCAAUCCUGGUAGUAAGAAUUCAAUUCUGGGCGAUCGAGGUAGCGAGAAAUCGGGAAGGACUUAACGAUAGCGUCAGGAUGAAGUUCCGCGGAAAAAAUAUUAAUAGAAAUAUCUAA